AUGGGGUGGUUCAGGAAAAAGGACAACCAGAUUCGACCUUCUUCAAAGUCCAGCAAAUCUCUGAACAGUUCAGCUGGUUCCAUGACUCAGUCCCAACUCAAUCUGGCAAUUAUGGACAUGCUGAACCUUUCUCAGAAUGUAAACAGUUGCGACUACGUUUGUCGAGGAAAUCCUAUUACGGAGUCUGGAAAGCGGAAACAGUUGUUAAAAAUGCUCUCAGUUGUUCUAUUGCCAAUGGCAGUACUAUUGGGCAUGACGGGAAAUGUCUUCAUAUAUACGAUACGGAACUUCUCGGAGGCGAGUGAAACAAGGACUGUUCUCUUCUUCUCGAUUGAACUUGGUCAAAUGAUGCGCUUCAUCCAAAGAGAACGAGACAUGAGCGCUCUGUACGUCAGCGUUAUUGGUCCAGAGACUAAAGAGUUCCUCCUGAAAAGAUACCCAGAAACUGAUAUGGCACUUGAGAAUUUAUCUUACUGGCCUGUCAGUAAGAAAAAUAAUCGGAGAGAAUUUCAAACCAAGGACAGUUUUCUGCUAUUUCUGAACCGUCAUCGAUACCAGCUUGAUCUCUACAACCGCACGAGUAAAGAAGAGCUUUUUUUCUACACAGAUGUGAUUGAUAUUUUCAUGAACUGGCUUUACGAUGCUGUAUCGGAAGCUAGAUCUGGUUCUGUUUGGAAAACGUUGGUAGCCUAUCAAGAAAUCAUCGUAGCUAGCGAAUAUAUUGGACGAGAACGAGGCUUGGGUGUGUCAUAUUUUGCCCUCGGCGGUUUUCGAACUAAAGAAGAUUAUCUGCUAUUUUUGGAAGCCCAGGAUAUUGCGAAUAUUACAUUUCAGUCAUGCCGACGAUAUUCCGAGUUAGCGUACAGUAUUUAUGAGAUUCAAUUGUUGCAAAACGAUUUGGUCCUAGCCCCUGUGAGGUCUAUGAGGCUUCAGAUUCGGUCAAACAAGAGUGCUCAACUUCUUGGAUCACUAACUCAAGCAACGGAGUGGUUCGACAAUAUGACAGUAUAUCAAGAUAUUGUCCGAGAAACGCAAAAAUCGUUAGCGUCUAAGAUAGAUGAGAUGCUGACCUUGAGGAGCACCGAGGAUAUGUACACCAUUAUCACAAUCGCCUGUAUCUUUGGAGGUGUCCUUAUUGUUUGCCCUUUAGUGAUUGUAGGCGUAUAUUUUCUAACAUCGGAAAUUCAGAAGUAUUCCAUAUCUAUUGCAAAUCGAACAAAGGCAUUAAACAGGGAGAAAAGAAGAACAGACACUCUUCUUUAUCAGAUGCUCCCUAGAUCUGUAGCAGAACGCCUUAAAUGCAACGAAGAGGUGGACGCAGAGCAUUACGACCAAUCCACCAUCUUUUUCAGCGACAUUGUGGGCUUCACCAAAAUAUCUUCCUCCAGCUCUCCUCUUCAGGUUGUUGACAUGCUGAAUAGUUUGUACACUUGUUUUGACGAGAGGAUAGAGAUGUACGAUGUUUACAAAGUGGAAACAAUAGGAGACGCCUACAUGGUUGUAUCAGGAGUACCAAGACAGAACGGGAAGCGGCAUGCGUCUGAGAUUGCAAAGAUGGCGUUUGACCUCAUGAGAAAACUUCGACAUUUGGAAAUACCUCAUCUACCUGGCAUCAAAUUCAGCCUCCGUAUUGGUUGCCAUUCCGGUGCUGUGGUGGCUGGGGUUGUUGGAAACAAAAUGCCUAGGUAUUGUCUUUUUGGGGAAACCGUGAGUGUGGCCUCUAAAAUGGAAUCUCUCGGAAAAGCUAACAAGGUGCAUUUGAGCGAGACGACCCAUGACAUCCUGGCUUCGAUUGGAGGAUUUACAAUGAACGAAAGAAAGGACAAUAUUGCUAAGAACGACCCGGAUCUUCAGAAUGCCUUUAAGGGAAUCGUCCGUACCUACUGGUUGGUUGAGGUGGAGGGUGUGGAAACAGACACAGAUUCAAUCCAGACAGAUAACGAUGACGUACCCCACGAACGACAUGCAGGUUCCAAGAGCUUCUGGUUGCAUUAAGAACUGAGUUAUUCUGACAAUAGAAUUUCAUUCCGUGAUGGCGAUUCCCCAAGUUUGUUAUUGGAUCAAAUAGAUGUGUAGUAUUAUAUUUCACGAUGGUAUCUAGAAACAGGUACUAGAGGUUUGGUUACUGGACGACAAAUUGACACUUUUGUGAAAAUUUCAAUAGCACUUAAAGAGGUUCGCACCUGAGAUUUGGAGUAAUGUCAAUUUUUUGGUAAAUGUAUAUUUGAUUUCUACAUUGAAUGAAAAUUAGGAAAUUAAAUAGAAAAACCAGGGGUCGCAACACUUGUUACUGAGCUACAGUGUUCUAAACACGACCUUUUUGCACUUGAAAUUCAUUCAAUUAAACUUUAUUUGUCUGUUGGUGUCAACACAACGUGAACUAGAACUGUCCUAAUGGGACUAAUCCCCCCCCCGCGGGGCAUAUAACAUGAUGGGAAAUAUUUAAUGCAAGCACAUUGGAUAUUUUCACAUUAUCUACAGGGCAAUCAAUGUGAAUGCAGAA